AAAAAUCAAACUCUGCAUUCCAAUAUACAAAACGCAGCGGAUGUGCAAAUUCAGCCAAGGCUAGCCCGCACCCGAAGGGCAUGUUAAAUUGUGCCGUUGUCCUCAAAAUCACUACACAACCCGGGUGCGUGCCAGCCGGGCUUGGACGCACUUGACGCACUUCCUUGCAUGGGUAAGCAGCAACUUCAGACAGACCAGCGACCAGUAAACUGUCGCCCACAAAAGCCACACUCGCGCAAGUGCUCUAAUCUCACCGCUUCACCAAAGAGUUGAGGAAAAGGUGUCCUCAAGGUGCACCGCACCGACAAAACCAUCGUCACCCGAUAUGCUCGAGCGGCACCAGCACCUCCGGUGGAGUAACAAUAAGCAACAGCAGCAGCAGCAGUGCACAAUGGCGUACCGAGCGAUCAUGAUGAUGAUGACAGUUUUCCGGUGUCUUCCCAUUUUGCAAAACGGAGCCCAAGCGAGAAGCCCGACUCUUCCCCCCGGAAAAUGAGGCAAGUAUUCGUACCCCGAGGAAAGACGAGCGUGCGUCUCGAGUGUUCGGUUUCAGUUGCGCACGAGACAGCGACCAAAAGCGGACAACUCCAGCAACCUCGCCCACGGUGGCUCGCUUUAUCGGUGGCCAAAGAGUGUGAUUCCUUUAUCGGUAAAAAAAUAACGAGUAAUUCUGGCCAGCAAACGUUACCCAAAACCAACGUCCUUUCCGUCUAACAGUGUCUCUAGUUCCGUGUGUGUGUUUGUGUUGUUUUAGUUGUGCAGGUUUUUUUGUGUGUGUAGUACGUAAUGAGACACCGAGCGUGGGGUACAUUGUUGGUCGGGUUGACCGGCUUGCUGCUCGUACUGGCCAUGCCCGAUCGGAUUGCAGCCGACCUGAUGGGCGACAUUCAGCAGGGGUUGAAAACGACCGGCAAACUGUUCGGCAUCAACACGAUUGCCGACGUGGCCGACCUGGUGGCGAAGGGGUUUGCCACACGCCGCGGCACGCAGGAACCGCAGCGGCCGGCGGCCCAAGCCACCGACAGCGUCGGUGUCGUUGAUGGACUGCUCGGCCAGACGCCCUCCAUGAUGACCAUCAUGAUGAAGCUGCUCGGGCUGGAUGGUAGCCAGCUCGGUGCAAUGCUGGUCAACGGUAUCGUGUUCCUGGCACACAUCAUUGGGACAAAUUUGGGUGCCUUCCGGUCACCGUCCCUCGGUGACACCGCAUCAGCAAACGCUCAAAACAGUUCCCCAUCAUUCCCCUCCUUUCCAACGGCCCCACCGCUGACGGGCGAAUCGGAACCAUCGCAAAGCAACGAAAGCCAACAGUCUGGCACGAACAGUAACCCGCUCGACUGGCUGUUGCGCAAUCCGUCCAAGCGGUUCCGUGUGCUGCUGGACCAGGUCAAGAAUACCGAUCUGGCCGAACGGUUGGAUCGCGAGAUGGACCAGCUCGACCGGUACGACCCAGAGGACACCGACUGCAUCCGGUUGCUGAUGUGCAAGGUGAAACCCUUCAUCUGGAAGAUGCAGAACGUCGUGCGGGACACCGUACUGUCGAAGGGACCGGGUCCAUCGGGCGGUGGCAGCGAACAGGCAUCAAACAACCAUGCGGCACCAAACGGGGAAGAGAUACUGAAAGGCAUACACGCCAAUCUACCGUCUGAGGCAGAAUUCCAGCGGCAGAGCAAACUUUGUGAGCAACAGUUUCACCACUGCCGACGUCUGCUCGGGUAGCUGUGAAGCUGGGUGCGGGGAAGGACGCGUGUUGCGACGUGUCGUGUGUUACAUGACCGUUCAAACAAUCCGUUAUGGUGUGGUGAGUUGUUGGGUCUGGUUGCAGCAACCGUGCACAAUGGAAGUAAUAAUCACUAAAAGGUUCAUUGUGGUGAGGUGUACGAAAAAUGGGAGGUUUACACUACAGUGAGCGGCGGGUAAUUGUCGACAAGCUUAAUUUGAGCGGUUAUUUCUAUGAUGAUAGUAUGUGCAAUUUAACGAAUAUUUGUGUUAAAAUAUGAUAAAAGUUUUGAAUGAUGAGUAAUGAAAAACAAAGUACAAUGUGGCUGGUCGAUUGUAAGUUAAAUAAAUAUGAUA